AUAGAAAACGGGCAGCUAUGCCGCGCGCUGCAGAACUCAAGCUGGACGCGUUCAUCGGCCGGAGUACCGGAGGACCGACCCGGGGACUAAGAGGCUGCUGACUAAGAGACUCUCUCCCCGGGGAUCUGCUCCUCCUGAGGCCUGAGAGGCCGAAGAGAUCCGCUCCUCCUCCUCCACCUCCUCCUUUCUCCUUCUCCUCCUCCUUAGAGAGACUCCGACUCAGCGCGAUGGAGACCGUGUAGGAUCUAUCCGGUGUCCGUUAGUCCGUGUAGACUGAAUCAGAGACCGGGGGCCGCGGAGGGGGGGUCAGGAUGGUGGUGUUGUGGCCCCGCAGCGGUGGCUCUGCUCCGGGCAGCUGCUGGGUCCGGACGGUGUGUCUGCAGCUGCUCAUCUGGAUUUUAUGUUCCGUUAACGGAGAGGAGCAGCCGUUCAGUGUGGAGGCAUGGCUGCAGAGGUACGGUUACCUGCCGUCUGCAGACCCAAGGAUGUCUGUGCUACGUUCAGCUCAAGUCAUGCAGUCUGCUAUCGCUGCCAUGCAGCGGCGCUAUGGCAUCAACGUCACAGGAGCUCUGGACACCAACACCAUUGAUGACAACACGAUAAGGUGGAUGAAGAGGCCCAGGUGUGGCGUUCCUGACCUGAUAGGAGGAGCAUCUAGGUUCAGUGUGAGGAAACGACGGUACGCCCUCACAGGGCAGAAGUGGCUGCACAAGCACAUCACAUACAGCAUUAAGAACGUGACGCCUAAAGUUGGGGCGGAGGAGACACAUGACGCCAUUAGACGAGCGUUUGAUGUGUGGCAGAAUGUGACGCCGCUGCGUUUUGAGGCGGUGCCGUACAGCGAGCUAGAGAGGACUAAGAAGGACGUGGACAUCACCAUCAUCUUUGCCUCAGGUUUCCAUGGAGACAGCUCGCCUUUUGAUGGUGAAGGAGGCUUUCUGGCCCAUGCCUACUUCCCAGGACCAGGGAUCGGAGGAGACACACACUUUGACUCUGACGAGCCUUGGACGCUCGGAAACCCAAACCAUGAUGGUAAUGACCUGUUCCUGGUGGCGGUCCACGAGCUCGGCCACGCUCUGGGUCUUGAACACUCUAACGACCCGACAGCCAUCAUGGCUCCAUUCUACCAGUACAUGGACACAGAGAACUUCAAACUACCCAUGGACGACCUGCUGGGGAUACAGAAGAUCUACGGCCCUCCUGACAAACUCCCACAGCCCACCAAACCUCUACCCACAGCGCCUCCUCCCCGCUCCAACCCUCCCUCAGACCCCCGCAAACCUGACAGACAGACCCGACCCCCGAGGCUGCCCCCUGGGGACAGACCGUCCCACCCCAAUGCCAAACCACACAUCUGUGAGGGCGGCUUCAACACGCUGGCCAUCCUGAGGAGGGAGAUGUUCGUCUUCAAGGAUCACUGGUUCUGGAGGGUCAGAGAUAACUCUGUGAUGCCGGGGUACCCCAUGCUCAUCAGUGUGUUCUGGAGAGGUCUGCCCCCCAAGAUCGACGCCGUCUACGAGAACAGCGAGGGGAAGUUCGUCUUCUUCAAAGGGAAGCAGUUCUGGGUGUUUAAGGACACAGUGCUGCAGCCAGGGUACCCAAAGGACAUCUCCCAGUUUGGAAACGGCAUGCCGGCUCAGAGCAUCGAAACAGCUCUGUGGUGGGAGGAGGUGUCCAAGACCUACUUCUUCAAAGGGGACAGGUACUGGCGUUACAAUGAGGAAAGGAGGACGAUGGACCCCGGGUAUCCGAAGCCCAUCAAGGUGUGGAGAGGAGUGCCUGACUCACCACAGGGGGCCUUCGUGGACAAAGCCAACGGUUUCACGUACUUCUACAAGGGGAGGGAGUACUGGAAGUUCAACAACCAGUUCCUGCGGGUGGAGCCCGGUUACCCUCGCUCCAUCCUCAAAGACUUCAUGGGCUGUGACCUGACCCCUAUUGACCCCGCCCGCCCCCCUACGGACGACGGGACGUCAGACGUUGUGAUCGAGCUGGAGGACGAGGCGAGCACUGUGCAGGCGGUGGCCAUUGUCCUGCCAUGCGUGCUGUCGCUGUGCCUGUUGGUGCUCAUCUACACGGUGGUGCAGUUCAAGAGAAAGGGCACGCCACGCCACAUACUGUACUGCAAACGCUCCAUGCAGGAGUGGGUCUGAGACACGGGGGGGACAGAGCAACCCCCUACCCUCACAGAGGAGGACCUGGACUCUGCACAGCCAAGCCUCCUCCUACAAGGGGACCAUCAGCCUGUCUGCAGCCCCCAAGGACCUAGAGCAGACUCCUCUGACCCCCAGCCUUUUUUAAACAGGAGGGGGGACAGAGGGAGGGCCAGCCCCAAAGACACAAACAAGGGGGGGGUCUCUUUGUUUGUCAGAAACUGGACGUCCUGCCCCCUCCCCUCUUUAACUGUACCCUCAAUCAGGAGGAAAACCUUCAGGGGUUGUCCCCCCCCUCUCCCUCAACAGGGCACUGCAUCCUCAUCUGUCAUAUCAGGUUGUUGAUAAAUCUGCAGUUUUAUAUUUUCUGAUCUCAGCCCCCCCACCCUCCUCUCGCUUCAUUAAGGAUAAGCAGGAUUUGAUCACAUGACCAACCUUCAGCUGGUGUGUUUUUAAUGUUUGAUUUCAGGAGAUCCUCACUGUUCCCUUUAACACGAUGAAGAGACCAAACCAAACCAAAUAAAUAUUUUUCUCUCCAAAGAGGAUCGCUUUGAUUUCUAUUUUUUAUCUUUGUUAUCAUUUUUAUUUUUCCUUCCUGCUCGGAGAGGCGGAGCUCUGACUGUUGUGGCGGUCUGUCUGAGACACAGGGGCCAAAUGAUUCUGCAAUAUUUUAACUCGCCUUAAUUAUUCAUCAUACUUCAUGUGCUUGAGUUGUUUUAUUUGUAUACAGAUUAGUUUGUUUGUUUGUUUGAUUGAUUGUUAUUUUGUUUGUUUGUAAACGAAGCUAACUAAGAGCUUCUUGUGAUUUUUUUUUUUCUUCUGGAUUUUACUACGUUACCCAGAAUCCUCAGCACUGGUUUGCUGAGUCUCUGGACAGAGUCAGGUUGGGGUCGGUCUGUGCUCAGAGUGAUGUGUGAGUUUAAAGAAGGUUCUGGAUUAAAGCCACUACGUUUGUGUGUUCAUGUUUUAUUUUCCAGGAUCAGCUGACAUCCUCAGAGUCCUCUCUGUGUCUGUUUUUUUUUUUUUUCUGUCUGUGGCCCAUAAUCCCUCAGUCUGAGUUAAUCUCUGAAUGAACAGAGUCCUGUUGACUGCCUUGUUUGAGAGAGCCUCCAAUUCCAAGAAUGCUCUUUGUCUCCUGACUGCGGACCCACCUAGUGAGGUCCAGAUCAGUGCCUGUGUCAACGUGCAUGCAGCAUUUACUGAACAUCAGCCGCUUCUGCUCAGCGUGGCUCUGGGAGAUUUCUCUAGGAAUACUGUUUGCAUUUAUUUUUGUACAUUUCAACCUGUACCCCUCCCCCCCCCCCCCCCCUGUUACCUGCAGGUACAGAGAAACUCUCCAUGGUUUAUGUGGUACAUGUUGGACAUCUCUGGCAGAUCAAAUCAGCCUCAACAAUCAAACUGACCAUCAGUCUCUGAAUGUGUGUCUGUUUCCAUUAUUUCUCUUUAUUUGGUUUUCUGAUCAAAACAAAAUGAACGUCUCUCGAUGACUUCUGUGUGUAAGAGUUUUUUGUGAUGGGGAAACGUGUCCUGACAGAAUGAAUAAACUGAUGAUAAUGA